ACAAUUGUUGCGAGGUCAUCUGCCUGGACGAUCAGUUUAGCGAUGGCAGCACCGAUUUUGGCAUUUGACUGGUGGCCAGUGGCAUCACGGCCACACUCUCGCUAUCCUUGCUCUUCUUCCUGGUCAAUCGACUGCGACAACGGAAAAUGCGGGCACGUGAAAAUCGCCAGAAUGCCGAAGAUCAGCGCAGCAUUGUGGGAAGCAUUGGCUACAUUGCAGGCAACAUGGGCUAUAUGGAGGGCAACUUGAGUGCCAUGGAUUAUUCGUAUGGCGGCGCCACUACUCAUUAUCCGCUUUGGAAGCCACCCAGUGGCUAUUUUCCGCGAGGAGAGGCACCACCGCCCUAUGAGGAAGCCGUAGCCAUAUCCCAGGCCGAGGCCUUAAGUGCCCAAUGCACUGUGACUUUGCCCAAUCAUGCCCAGCGACAAACUGUGGCUAGCGUCAGUCAACAGCAGCAGCAGGUUCAACAGCAAAUGCAGCAGCAGCAUCUACAGCAACAUACACUGCAAUUACAUACACAACCGCAGCAACAUGCGCAUCCACACUCGGCGUAUACGCAACAAUUGGUACCCGUAACUGCAGCUCAUCCAUCGCACGCCUCGCACGCUCAUCAAUUGAAUGCUGCUGCAGCUGCGGCUGCUGCUGCCGCCGCUGCACAGUCCAAUCAGUACACUCAGAGUACGACAAAUUUAAUCAACAUCAAUAUCAAUAGCGGCGGCGUAACCACAAUUGCCACUGGGGAGAAUCAUCAGCCGCCCUACAGUCUACAGAGUGAGCAGCAGCAGCAGCAGCAGCAAUUAACAAUGGAGCAACAUCAACAACAGCAACAACAACAACUUCAGCAACAACAGCAGCAGCAACAGCAACAACAAUUGCAGGCUUCGGUUCCCAGCAAUUCGAUUUGUGUACAAACAUUGCCAACACCAAAGCCAAAUGUCAGCAGCGAGUGCAGCUACAAAAACUGUCACUUAAACAUCAGUGCCAGUGUCACAACUGCAGCAGCUGCCGCAAGCAGUGUUUCAAACUCGCUGGCCUAUGCAGCAGCAAGACGCACGCCACGCGGCUCGCAGGAGUUGCUGCAACAGCAGCCACAACAGCAACAAUAUCUAACUGUUGCCGAUGUCGAGAUUAAUGCGAGUGCCAGUGCAGCUAGCUAUCAUUCACUACCCGCCUCGGCUGAGCUGUUGGCAACACCUACUCAUCACCUAACACAACAACAGCAGCAGCAACAUCAACAACAGCAGCAACAGUUGCUGGCAGCCGCGUUAUCCACGCCCGCGAUUGACAUGUUGCCACCCUUGGAGAUAGCCACCAUAGCAGCAGCAGCGCCAGCGUGCAGCACAGCGGAUUCAGUUACACAAACACUGCCAAUGCCACUGCAUGCUGCUCUGAAGUCACAGCAACAACAGCAGCAGCAGCAACAUGGCAGCAAAACGCCAUCAAGCUCGCGUCGCUAUCAUCGCACCAUUCCGCGCUACUUUGCCGUCGCCGAUCCACUGCAAGUGGUGAGUGUGAAGCCCAAGCCCAGCUCCAGCGCCAGCAGCAGCAGUGAAGCGGCGUCCAGCAGCAAGAUCAGCAAGAAGCCCAUGUGCCAGUGUCCCAUACAGCAUGUACCCAUGUCCUACAUGGGCAGCAAUGCCAAUGCCAAUGCAAAUGCCUUCCUCAGCGGCGCGGGCAAACUGUUUGCCGGCAGCAAUGCUUGCGCUUUGUCACCCAGUGCUGGGGCACGUCAUGCCGCCACUUUGGCCUAUGGUCAACGUGCCAAAUCUGCCAGUAAUCUGCAGCAGCAACAACAUGGCCAAGAGUUGAUUAGUUCUGGCAGUAGUAGCUCGAGGAACCCUUGCAGUCAUGAGCCUAAAAUAGCGACAAUCUCAAAACAGGUGGGCGAUGAGUUGCAGCCACAUCCAUCGCAUGCUGCGGGCAGUGUCUCCUCUAUAAUACCGCCGCCACCAUUGCAGCAUCACGACGAUGUCAGUGCGCCACCCAUUGUACUGGGUCGUGUCCAGAAACGUUCAUCAUCGAGCAGCUCUAGCAAUGCCGUUGAUCGCGUGCGCAGCUCCAGCAGCAGCGCGGGACGCAGUGCAUCGAGCAGCUCCAACGGUGCUGCUGCUGCUCAAGCUGGUGUCGAUGCGCUAUCCAGCGUCUAUUUGAAUCGAAAGGUUGAUGCUUACUUGAGCUUGACACAGAAACAACAGCAACAUUUCUAUAACCAACAACAAGAGUCGCAUGCGCAACAAGCAAACGAUCAAAGCAAUCCAACAUUACCACCGAAACUCUACAAAAGCCUAACGAAUUUAAAAACAGCCACAACUACAGCGCCAGCAGCUGCAACUGCCACAGCAACAGCUAUAAGCAGCAGCAACAACAACAACAGCGCUGUCGCCACAAUUUAUACACUGAGCAAGUCGACAAAUAGCAGCGUGCAUCAUCAACAGCGAAAGGAACAAACACCCACAUUAACACUGCCUCCAGCUAGUCCUUCGGCCAGCUGCAGCGAGAAGUCGAGCGGUAAAAUCAAUUCAAGCACCUUCUAUCCGUUGGCCAACAAUCAUGUUACCUACACGCUGCCCAAACACAUUAGCGGGAAGAUAUCGCUGAAUAGCACCAUCAAUAGCGUGGUCAGCAAGGUGCCUUCGGUGAUUAGUAUUCCGCCGCUGGAGAACAACAAUGAAAAGGUAUCGGCAAUUAGCAAGAGCACAACACUGCCAAAGAUAUUGCGCGUGAAGCGUGACAGCGAUAAAACAAGCAUAACCCCAUCAUCAACAUCAACAACGACAACUGCAAGUUCAACUGCCGCAUCGAGCAGUAGCAUGGCCAUUGCACAUUGUCAGAUGCCUAGCUAUCCAAAGCUCCAGAGCGGACGCGGUGGCACUCCAAGCAAGCAGCUGCCGGUGUGUACCACAUCGAAGAACUGUUUGAAUCCAAAUGAGCAUUUCUUGCCCAACGACACCAGCUUGGAUGAUGAUUAUCUCAGCGAAUGUGAGAAUUGCAAAAUUGCGCAGAGUGCCAAAUACUAUCUGGAUGCUGAGCUAAGUGGCAGUGGCGCCACAACAUCAACGCCGCAGGAGGCAAUGACGCUGCAACGUAAAUCUCUGGAGGAGACCAAAGAAGAGCCGCAUGACAGCUAUUAUCGCAGUUCGCACACAUUGCCCAGCAAUGCCAAAAAGCAUGGAGUCAGCAAAAACAAUAAUCGAGAGGCGUGGCAGUUUUCAACGAUACCAGCCGCUAGUUCAUCGGAUGAGGAUGUUAACGAAUGAGAUUUAAGCCAUUUUCUUUAAGAUGCCAAACACCAAUACCCAAAACGCCAAAUUGUGCAUCCUAAAGAAAACGUAGGCUUCAAUUUAAUGACAACAAAUUAAAAUACAAAAAGGCAAAACAAAUGUAUUCAUCACAACAAACGAGUUACGUUUUGAAAUCAAGUAAUUAAACAAAAUACGGGAAUAUUUCGUGUAUUGUAAAAAUGUUAAGAAUUGCUCCAAUGAAUAUAUGUGUUACAAUAUAUAGUAUUUAUGUAGAUAUUAGAUAUGAUUAACAUUGGCAUUGGCAUGUAAAAAUUGCUUAUUUCUCCACAUGUAUAUGUAUA